UCCGCACCUGCGCACUACCAACUUCCUUCCUUUCGCCGAGGUGACUUUACCUCACCGAAACAAGAAGGGCCAAAUGAUACCACAGUAAUUUAUCGUGGAGAAGAUUCAUUUAGAGAUCACCCAGCAUGGCAUUUCGUUUCCAGAAAUUAAUUUUAAAUUUUCGACCAGGUUAUAAUGGAGCGAGGCUGUUAGACCCCAGUAAAGCUCAAUCCGCAGUCGGGGCUGGUGCAGUGCAAGUUGCAAACUUGACGUCUUCUCAAAGUCAUGGAAACGAAAUUCAGCGGGCGAAGCCUUGGCCAUAUGAAACCAGGCGAUAUAAUCAGUACUGGCAGUUUAUUGAUCACACCAGGAAGCGAUUUAAUGACAAUUCGAAGGUGAUCGUUGUUGAUGGAAAUGUAGCGACUGGAAAGUCGGAGUUUGCAGAAAAACUUGCAACCGAAUUCGACAUGAAAUAUUUCCCAGAUCCCCUCGACAGCAGGAUAUAUUUGUCCGAUUCAGGGGUGGAUUACCGAGACCUGAACGAGCGCCUGCCACCCGGAGCCCGGAGUCUGGAUAUAGCAACGUUCCACAUGCAGAACGUACACCCAACUACACUGAAAACUAUUGGCAGAACCCAGCUGGCGAUCUACAGACAUCGAUUUCUCAACUAUGUCAAUGCUCUCGAGCACUUGCUCAAUACUGGUCAAGGCGUGGUUAUUGAGAGGGGACCAUGGAGUGACCUUGUGUUUGCAGACACAUUGAGGAAACUUGGCUACAUGACAGCAAAUGGCUACAGAUACUAUCAGCAGUGGCGAGACAACACGAUAUGUGAACUAUGGAAACCACAUCUAGUGCUGUACCUGGACGCUCCGGUCAGUGAGGUCCAACAACGCAUCAACAAACGUGGGCAGCCGUCCGAGGUGAAGGGGAAAGUUGUGACAGAAAAGUACCUGCAGACUGUUCAGAACGCUUACAAGAAGAUUGUCCUCCCAUAUUACAGCAAGUACUCCAUGGUUCUGAACUAUGAUGUCACAGACCUGCCGGACUGGGAGAUAAUCGUGGAGGAGCUCGAGAGCCUUGACCUUGACACACAAACUCUUGAGAAUGAAGAACGGUUCCAGGAUUAUGAAGACACGGAGGAUGAUUGGAACCAUUACCGAUGCCUUGGUUUUACCGGCUCACGUCUACGGAGCAGAUCACUGUGUCUGAUGGCAGCUCCGCCCAAGAAGAGGUCGGCCCACAUCAACUAUAACCUCAUUAUCGCGAGUCGAAGAAGACGAGGGCAUCGCCUUCUCAGAAGAAGAAGUCAUCUGCUAACAAGACUCGGCGAAGUCUUCACAUGGGGCAGCUUUAAGACGGCGGUCUUUACUACAGAGAUCAUCCCAGCAGAUGAAGUAGAAGUUUAUGACGCCAGCCACCCACCCUCAUCCCUGAAGUGCCAAUGCGUCGUCCGCAGUGCAGCAGCAGCAGCAGUAGUCUUUGCAGACCUUCAACCCCAGCAGUUUACACAGCAGAUGUUGGACCAGAUGGAACGGAGGUUCAAGACAGGAGAGAAAGCAGCCACAGAGGCCCCAUUUACAUCGAGCCUGCGCGAAGGUCAAGCAGCCUGCAGAUCACAUCCCACCGAUGACAGCAGCCUGCGCGAAGGAGGAAGCCUGCGCAAAGAAGGAAGCCUGCGCGAAUGA